CGUUUCUGAUGCCAUGCCUUCACAACGUUAUACACGUGACUAUUUAUUCGGCCUUAACGAUGCCCGUUUCUGUGCUAUUUCUACGUUAUUCUUACGAUGAUUCAUUGUGAAAUAAAGAAGUUAAAUGAACUCAAAAGUUAUGUUAUAAAUUAAAUAAAAAAACAUGAAAGAUGGAACAAACUAGAGAAUGUAGGUGUUUAGUGUAAUCCUCCAUGUUUAGUCCUGUCAAUAUCUUAACAUAUUUCGCUCCAGUUACUAAGAAACAUGCCGUGCUGCUGUGUCGUUGAUUGUACAAAUCGUACCGAAAAGGGCUUCAGAUUAUUUAAAUUACCUCAGGGACCUAAGAACGAGGAGAGACGAAAGAUGUGGAUUAAAAAUAUAGGAAGGAAGGGUAACCUGUCCAGUCAGUCAUAUGUUUGUCAAAUACAUUUUACGGAAGAUCAGUUUGAAAACAAUCGAAUUGACGGGAAAAAGCCGUUAAGGUGGAAUGCAGUUCCGACAAUAUUCAGCCAUAAUAAAGUAUCUUCGCCAAAGAAAUCACUUUCAAAAUCUACUGUAUCCGAGAUUAAGGAGAUAGAAGGCAAUCAAACAGAUGGUCGUGGGUCGGAAAAUCAAACAAAUCACUAUGGAUCAAUAUGUGAUCAAGUGAAUAGUUAUCAAACAGAUCACUCAGAUUAUUGUCAGUAUACAUUUGACGAUAAACAAAAUGAUCAAGUAAUAAAAUUGAAACAGAAAUUAAAAGCAGCUUAUAAAAAAAUCAAUUCUUUGGAAAAAAAAAUUAAUAAUUUGGAAGAAAAUUUGAAAAAUAUCUUUAGUGAUGAUCAAAUCCGAUAUUUUGUGAAGGAAUCCAUGCAAGGAUUUAAGUGGUCUGAAGAAACUAUAAAUAAAGGUCUCAGAUUAUAUCUGUCGUGCGGUAACGGCGGAUAUCAAGAAAUAAGAAAACAGAAUUUGCCAUAUCCGUGUAUACGAACUUUGCAGAAGCACUUAGAGGACUUAAAAUGUAAAUCUAGAACAGUUAACGCUGAAUGACGAGUUAAACUCAACAAUGCCUGACUUGUAUAUUUGUUUAUAUGACUGAUGCCCCUCUAUCUAAUGUUGUGAUGAUAAACUUUUAGAGUAUUUUUUAUAUUUAUUAAAUAUUUUAAAACAAAUAUUUGAAAUGAUUGUGAUAUCCAUUUAUGUAGUUUUUUU